AAACCUUUUGUUUGUAAUUGUUCCUUUAAUAGGUAUAUCAUCUGUCACUCUGGAUAUAAGCCAAAUGAGCAUGAGGGAUAUGGAAAGAAGCAAUGUGCCUCUCUCUCUCCCAGAAAAAUUAGAAGAUAUGUAGUAGUUAACACUAUUAGUAGACAGUGUGUUCAUGAUACAAAUGUAGAAUUAAUUGGAUUUCCAUCUUCACUGGGAAUACAUCAACAUAGUUACACUGGAGAAAAGCCUUAUGAGUACAAGGAAUAUGGAAAUUCUUCUCUCUGUCCUGGUUCAUGUUGCACAUGUAAUGUGAUUCCCACUAUAGGACAAUGUUAUGAAUGCAACCAGUGUGGUAAAGCUCUGAGUUCUACUUCUCUUCAAACACGUAAAAUAUUUCAUAUGGGUAAAGGAUGCUGUAAAUGUGAGUCAUGUGCUAAAGGAUUUAACCAUCACAGGUAUCUUCAAACAUACAGGAGAUCCCAUAAUGAAGACAAAUCUUAUGAAUGUAAACAAGGGGAUAAAACAUUUAAAUCUGAUUCCUCUUUACAAUUACAUGAAAGAACGCCUUUGAAACUAAAAUAUUAUGAAUACAAUCAAGGUAAUAAUGCCUUUGCAUGUCAUAGUUAUCUUCAAGAACCUAAAACUCACUCUAGAGGGCAACAAUAUAGAUGUCAUCAGUGUGAUAAGGCCUUUCAUUGUUGCAAUUCUCGUCAAACACAUGAAAUAAUUCAUACUGGAGAGAAACCUUAUGAAUGUAACCAAUUCAGCAAAGCCUUUGCAAGUACUGAUGAUCUUCAUAGGCAUGAAAGUAUUCAUACUAGAGAGAAACCCUAUCGAUGCAAUCAAUGUGGUAAAGCCUUUGCACAGAAGAGUAAUCUUCACAGGCAUGAAAGAAGUCAUACUGGAGAGAAACCCUAUGUUUGUUAUCAAUGUGGCAAAGCCUUUACAGAUAGCAGUAGUCUUCACAAGCAUGAAAGGAAUCAUACUGGAGAGAAACCCUAUGAAUGUAAUCAAUGUGGUAAAGCCUUUGCAAAUUCCAGCAAUCUUAAACAACAUGUAAGAAAUCAUACUGGAGAAAAACCAUAUGAAUGUAAUCAAUGUGGUAAAGCCUUUGCAUAUCCUAGUAGCAUCCAAAGGCAUGAAAGAAGUCAUACUGGAGAGAAACCCUAUGAAUGUAAUCAGUGUGGUAAAGCCUUUGCACAGAAGAGUCAUCUUCACAGUCAUGAAAAAACUCAUACUGGAGAGAAACCCUAUGAAUGUACUCAAUGUGGUAAAGCCUUUGCAGAGAAGAGUCAUCUUCACAGACAUGAAAGAAGUCAUACUGGAGAGAAUCCGUAUGAAUGUAAUCAAUAUGGUAAAGCUUUUGCAUGUAACACUCAUCUUCAAAAUCAUGAAAUACAUACUAGAGAAAAAUCCCAUGAACAUAAAAAAGAGGUAAACCUUUGCACACUAGACAGAGACAAUCAUUUUGGAGAUGCCAGUAUCAUGGGGUGUCCACCAAGACCGUUAGUAGUGGUGAAAUAGAACCAGUCAAUUUGGUUUUGUUUUUCA